AUGGGAGCAAGAGGUUUACUAGAUGAAGGCUUGAUUAGGAGAAUUGGAAAUGGUAGAAGCACGAGAAUCUGGGACCACAAAUGGAUACUGGAGACACUCACGAGAAAGCCAGCUAUGUGCAGAACAAGUAAUUGUGUGCUGGAAAUGGUGGAUGAGCUAAUAUGCCAGCAGAGAUGGAACAGAAAUAUCAUAUUCAGCACCUUCAGCAAAGAAGAUGCUGAGAAGAUCCUACGUAUCCCCUUAAACUUAUCUGGGAGGGAAGAUAGCUUCUACUGGAAAUCAAAAGCGGGAGGGAAGUAUACAGUUGAAUCAGGUUAUAAAAUGCUGUUGGAAAGGGGUAGAAGCAAGAGGAGGUGCAAAUUGGAGGGAGUAGGAUCAAGCAUCUCAGAGGAAAGUCAACAAAUGACUCAGAUGUGGAAUACACUGUGGAGGCUUAAUGUUAAGCAUAAAAUCAAACACUUCAUAUGGAAGUGUAUUCAAGGAGCCUUACUAGUCAGGGAGGCAGUGUGGAGACGAACAGGAAUAGGCAAUCCUAUAUGCUCAACUUGUGGUGAGGCACGGGAAACUAUAGAACAUCUGCUGCUCAACUGUUCCCAUGCUAUGGAUAUAUGGAAAUCAACUCCCAUUCAAUGGGAUGGAGUAUGGAAAGAUAGGAAUAAGAAGGAAUUUGAGAGCUCAGCUAGAUCAACACCAAUGAGAAUAGUAGACUGUGCGCAUAAAGAAUGGCUGGAACAAGGUUUAGAGCUUCAACAGGGAGAUAGGAAGAGUACAGAAAAAACAGUCCCUGCAAAUGAACAACAAAGACAGAGCACUGGAAACGAAGGGGCUAUAAUUUUAGCAGUGACAACAGCAAAGGAGCAAGAACAGAAUGGCCUUGGAAUAGGAGUCACAGUAAGAACAAUAGCAAACACUAAAAUUGCAGACUGGGUACUGAAAGAGAGAAGCCUGGGGAGCAAAAUGUUAGAUGAAGCAUUGGCUUUAAAAUUGGCCCUGUGUAAAGCUGUGCACCAGCAGUGGAGAAAGGUACGACUCAAUUUUUGUAGCAAAGAGUUAUGGAAACAACUAACACAGCAACAACCAUCAGAUAGCAAGAUGGCUACAUUGUUGGAGGAUAUUAUGAAUCUGAAAAGACUGUUUUGCAUGUGCUCUUUUGGGUUGGAAAAGGAAGAAAAUAUGUUAGAUAGUAGAAAACUGAGUGCAGACGCUUUAACCGUAAUUGUGGAUGAGGAACGAACUUUCCUCAGUGUUCUUUGA